CUACCACUCCUAGCUUAAGUAAUUGUCGCAAGAAACCAACCAUGGCAUCCCAACCUAAAAGAGCACCCAAUUUCCAAGCAGUUCACUCCAUAAUCAUCUUUGUCUUUGUUAUCAUCCUAAUUCCAUUUGUCUCUUCAUCUGAUUCCGCCGUUGCUCGUGCUUCUCCCGCAACUAAUACAGUUGCAAGACAAAGCGAAGUAGUCGCUCUCUUGAAGUGGAAAGCUAGCCUUGACAAUCAAAGCCAAUCUCUCCUUUCAUCGUGGAAUGAAACUAGUCAUUGCACUUGGGUCGGAAUUGGUUGCAACGAUGCCAGUAAAGUAACCAAUUUAACCCUUGACAGUAUUGGUUUGAGAGGUACGCUUUCCGGUCUUAACUUCUCUUCGUUACCACAUCUAGUGAAACUUGAUCUGUCCAACAACUUAAUAUAUGGGACCAUUCCCUCCCAGAUUGGCAGCCUUUCUAGACUCGCAUCUCUUAAUGCAUCCAUCAAUCAUCUUUCGGGAACAAUUCCGAAAAAUAUUGGGAUGCUAAGAUCUCUCACUGCCCUUGCAUUGUACACGAAUAACCUCACGGGAUCAAUCCCCGCUUCAAUAGGGAACUUGAGAAACCUCACAAGAUUGAUCCUUUACGAGAACUCUCUCUCUGGAUCUAUCCCUCAAGAAGUAGGCUCGCUAAGAUCUCUCACUGACCUUGUAUUGUCAAGGAACAAUCUCACGGGAUCAAUCCCCGCUUUAAUAGGGAACUUGACAAACCUUACAACAUUGAUCCUUAACGAGAACUCUCUCAAUGAAUCUAUCCCUCAAGAAGUAGGAUUGCUAAGAUCUCUCAUUGCCCUUACAUUGUACACGAAUAACCUCAAGGGAUUAAUCCCCGCUUCAAUAGGGAAUUUGACGAACCUGACAACGUUGUACCUUCACGAGAACUCUCUCUCUGGAUCUAUCGCUCAAGAAGUAGGAUUGAUAAGAUCUCUCACUGACCUUGUAUUGUCAAGGAACAAUCUCACGGAAUCAAUCCCCACUUUAAUAGGGAACUUGACAAACCUCACAACAUUGAUCCUUAACGAGAACUCUCUCAAUGGAUCUAUCCCUCAAGAAGUAGGAUUGCUAAGAUCUCUCAUUGCCCUUACAUUGUACACGAAUAACCUCAAGGGAUCAAUCCCCACUUCAAUAGGGAACUUGACAAACCUGACAAUGUUGUACCUUCACGAGAACUCUCUCUCUGGAUCUAUCCCUCAAGAAGUAGGAUUGCUAAGAUCUCUCAUUGAUCUUGAAUUGUCAAUGAAUAAUCUCACGGGAUCAAUCCCCGCUUCAAUAGGGAACUUGACAAACCUCACAGCAUUGUACCUUUUCAAGGACUCUCUCCCUGGAUCUAUCCCUCAAGAACUAGACAAUCUUAGAUAUCUACAGACUCUUACUAUAAGCUCCAACAAGCUCACCGGUCAUCUAUCGCCGUAUAUGUUCGUUCAUGGAUCCCUCAUACGACUUGCCGUAACAAAUAACUAUUUAACUGGUCGUAUCCCGAAUAGCUUGAGAAAUUGCAGUGAGUUACGUCGUGCUAUGUUUGAUCAAAACCAAUUGACGGGGCAUUUAUCAGAAGUUUUUGAGGCAUUCCCAAACCUUGAUUAUCUAGAUCUCAGUCACAAUAAUUUCUAUGGCGAUCUUUGGCACAAAUGGGAUCAGUUUCCCAAUCUGACUAGCCUAAAGAUCUCCAACAAUGACCUUUCCGGAAACAUUCCACCUGCCAUUGGAAGAGCAACUCAGUUACGGUUGCUCGACCUCUCUUCAAAUCAUCUAGUUGGUGCAGUACCAAAGAAUUUGGGAAAGUUGGUUUUUUUGUUCAAUCUUACUCUUAGCAAUAACAAACUUUCACGCGAUAUUCCACCAGAAAUUGGAAGACUGUCUAGUCUUCAGCAUCUAGACUUGUCUGGAAACAAUCUUACUGGACCUAUUCAAAAGAAGUUGGGUGACUGUGUGAAUCUUUUGAACUUGAAAUUGAGCAGAAAUCUUCUCAGGGAGGGUAUUCCUUUUGAAUUAGGAAAAUUGCAGUAUCUUGAAAAUCUCGAUGUUGGAAAUAAUUUAUUGACAGGUGAGAUACCAUCAGGGAUUGGAAGCUUGAAAAGGUUAGAGAUACUAAAUCUCUCCCACAACUUCUUGUCUGGUUCAAUCCCUUCCUCUUUCAACGGGAUGUCAAGUUUAACGUCGGUUGACAUAUCUUACAAUCACUUGGAGGGUCCUCUGCCCAACACAAAAGCAUUUGAAGAUGCUUCAUUUCAAGCAUAUUGAAACAAUGAUAGACUAUGUGGCAAUAAAACUAGUUUGAUGCCAUGCUCACUAAAGCAGAACAAUGGAGAUAAAGGGAGAAAUCAUAAAAAAAUUGUGCUUCAAGUUGUAGUUCCUUUGUUGGGUGUUUUAUUUCUUAUUGUUGCUAUGA